AUGGGGAACACCUUUACAAACCUCUUCAAGGGCCUUUUUGGCAAAAAGGAAAUGUAUACCCUCAUGGUGGGCCUGGAUGCCGCAGGGAAGACAACGAUCCUGUACAAGCUGAAGCUCGGGGAGACCGUGACCACCAUUCCCACGGUGGGUUUCAAUGUGGAGACGGUGGAGUACAAGAACAUCAGCUUCACUAUGUGGGACGUGGGCGGCCAGGACCAGAUUCGGUCGCUGUGGCGCCACUAUUUUGCCAACACCCAGGGCUUGAUCUUCGUGGUAGACAGCAAUGACCGAGAGCGUAUAAACGAGGCGCGACAGGAGCUCCUGGGGAUGCUGAUGGAGGAAGAGCUCCGAGAUGCCGCCCUCCUGGUGUUUGCCAACAAGCAGGACCUCCCGAACGCCAUGACCGUGGCUGAAAUCACGAACAAGCUGGGGCUACACUCCCUCCGCCACAGGAGCUGGUACAUCCAGGCCGCCUGCGCCACCAGCGGGGACGGGCUCUACGAGGGCCUGGACUGGCUGUCCAAACAGCUCCAGAACCAGAAGUGA